AUGGCCGACAUCAUGGAUGCCUACUGGCGCGCGCCAGCCAUUGCGAGAACCUUCGCGACCGGCGUUCUCGUCACCUCGAUUGCCUGCCACAUGCACAUCAUGCCCUACGCCUGGAUCUACUUCCACUACUUGGAGCUCUUCCGCCUGCCCCCCCAGAUCUGGCGCCUCGUCACCAGCUUCCUGCUCUCAAGCCCCCAGCUGGGCAUCGUCAUGGAUACAUAUUUCGUGUUCCAAUAUGCGAGCCAGCUCGAGACAGCCCACCCAAAGUUCGGCAGGAAGGAGGACUUCCUCUGGUACCUGGUCUUCUGCGGCGCAGUCAUCAUUGUGCUUGCUCAAUACUUCCUCGGAGGCGUCUACUUCCUGCAGGCUUUGAUCCUGGCCAUGUGCUACACCGCCACCCAGGACCAGAGAGGCCAGAAGGCUGGCUUCUUCUUCUUCACCGUUCCAGCCCAGCUCGUCCCUCUCUGCAUGAUGGGCGCCAGCCUGCUCAUGGCAGGCCCCCACGUCAUGCUCCUGCAGCUGACCGGACUCGUCGCCGCUCACCUGCACGACUUCCUCACCAGGUUGUGGCCCGAGUUCGGCGGCGGCGCAAACCUGAUUCCCACCCCAGCCUUCUUCACGCGCCUGGUCACCACUCCUCGCUUCAUGCAGCGUGAGUACGGCACAGCCAUCCGCAACGACCCGAGGGCGGGCACCACCACUGGUGCGCAGGCAAGGGGCCCGCUGCCAGACUCCUGGAAGACGAGAGGCUCCGGCCAUCGCCUUGGUUGA